AUGUCGAAACUGGACUCUAAAUUACUGGCUGUGACCCCGAUCACCGUCGACCCGCUCCAGAUAGCAAAGGAGUCGCUCAAGAUGUUUGAAGUCGAGGCCCGUAGGGUGGACAUCGAUUUGAGGAUGAAAGUCGAUAAGUCGUAUGAAGACUUAGGACUGGAGUUCCUUGACUUGGAUCCAUCACGGCUCAAACAAGUCCUCAUCAACCUUCUUACGAACGCAUUAAAAUUCACGAAAUCUGGCAACCUGAGACACGUGACGCUCAGUGUCAGUGCUUCAGUCGAGAGGCCUACAGAUUCCACGUGCUCAGUGCAGUUUAUACCCCGGUCACAAGGACAUGAGUACCAACAGCCACCGAACCCGAGCGGCACCGACCCGAUAUUCGUCACCUUCGAAGUCAAGGAUACUGGUCAAGGCCUGACAGAGGAAGAGAUGAAGAGCCUGUUCCAGCGAUUCAAACAAGCAUCAGCCAGAACCCACGUCAAAUAUGGAGGAUCUGGUUUGGGUCUCUUCAUCAGCAGAAGGCUUUGCGAGAUGCACAACGGACAGAUUGGCGUGGCUUCGCUCCCCGGGGUUGGGUCGACGUUUGCAUUUUAUGUCGAGUCGCGUCUUCCCAGCGAGGCGUCCUUACGAGAAGCUCGGGCGACUGCGCGAACGGCCUUGAAGGCGACCAGCUUGCCCAUCACAAAGAGGGCCGAAUCCCUACAGAUAGGCACGGCGGAAGUCCCUCUGAAAAGUACACCCAUCAAGGCCACAGAAUUAACCGCGAAUGACUCUGAUUCCCUAGGCACAGAGACGAGUGCGGAGUCUCCCAAAAUUGAGGGAGUUUUGGUUGUGGAAGACAAUUUGAUUAACCAGCAAAUCACGCGCCGAGGCCUGGCUGACCAUGGCUUCACGGUCGACGUGGCAAACCAUGGCAUUGAAGCCCUGGAAAAAUUACGUGCCUCUGACCGAUGGCUAGGGGAUGGGCCUAUUACGAUACCUGUCUCCAAUGGUGAUGCCACAACCAAUCCAUCGUCGACUGCUCUCACAACGCCCACAACUCCGACGAGAUCAAACGCCCCGGGCAGCUCGACACUCAACCCUGCAAUCACAGUCGACUUAACGCCCACGACCACACCAAACAAGUUCCCCCUGUCGCUUAUCCUCAUGGACAUGGAGAUGCCUGUCCAGGAUGGCCUUACCUGCACACGACACAUUCGGGAACUAGAGCGGCAAGGUCAGAUCCUGGGCGGAAGCAUCCCCAUCAUCGCAGUCAGUGCCAAUGCGAGGCUUGAGCAGGUCCUCGAGGCCAAGGCUGCGGGCUGUGACGACGUGAUGAUCAAGCCAUACCGCAUGCCGGAAUUGAUCGAAAAGAUGAAGAUCGUGACCAUGCAGGCCGAGCAGAAGAGCCGGGUCCCAACAGUCGAUAUGUCUGAGGCGGUCGAAGUAGUGGACUCCACUGGUGCUGGCGGCCCCGGACCGCCGGAAGCCGCACCAUGA